AUUCCCGGCAUCCUCUAUUUUCACGCUGGUGGGCUUGUCUAUGGUAGUCGGAACGACUUUUUCUUCCCCACCUGGCUCAAAGAUGCCGCACUGAUGCGGGGUUGGCUAUUCCUCGCUGCCGAUUAUCGUCUUCUUCUCCCGUACACCUCCUACGAUCAGCUCGAAGAUGUGAAAGCUCUCUCGUUGUGGCUCAGCUCGCCUUCGUUAUCAGAACGUUUGCCUCCCGGCGUGACUCUAGACAAUUCUUCCAUCAUGUUAGCGGGAACAUCCGCGGGGUUAUACAUUGCCAUGCAAUUCGCUCUCCACUCGUCGCUUCAAGUCAAAUCCCUUCUGGCCUUGUAUGGA